UGAUUGGUCAGAUUGAACCGCCGUGUCUGAUUUACCAGAACUGAGGUAAAUAAGUUCUUCACUGUGUACGUUAGAGGUUUAAUAUCUUAAUCGCACUGAGAGAAAAGUGUAAAAUAAAAGUGAUAUAAUCAUCAUCUUAAGUGCUUAACAGUCGAGUAACGGUGAACAUGUCGAGUUUAGACAUUAUCUGUGAAAACAUUCACGCCGACCACGCGCCGCGGUGGUUCGCAAACUGGGAGCGCGGAGCCGCGUGUGUCGCAUGCGUCGUGGAGAUGAUAGAAAGGCCGGACGUGUCGGCUUUGCGCAAGCGCGCUGCGCUGGUGUGCGUGACUCGCGCGGAGGAGAUACGCGAGCUGCUGUACUGUGAGGAAAAUCUGAGAGUAAACUUCACCUGCUCACUACUGCGAAUGUUGUCCUGUUGUGUGGAUUCAACACUGCUGGAUCAGACAGUAGAGGUACUGUUGCAGAUGUCAUUAGAUAGGCCACAGCUUUUACUCUUCAUCUUAGAUGAGAUACACUCACAGUUGAGUGAUAGGAGCAGGCUGAAUGCUUCUCUAACAUCCUUCAUGUUUUUGGGAAAACUGCUGGAUUCUCAUCCUGAUCUGAGUCAAACGCUGACCUCCAGCCACUUGUGUGUAUUAGAGUGUGUUUGUGAAGGUUUGCUGGUCUCAGAUGAGGAGGUGAAGGUCGCUGUGUGUUAUGUGCUGUUAAAAAUCUGGAGCUCAGUCACUGCAGUCCACACACUGCCAAACACACACCGGGACAACAUGUGUGUGUUACUGUUACACACACUAUCAGAUACACAAACAACUGCACUCACCAUCAACUGUCUCGGGGUCCUGAAGCAGAUGUUGCAGUACUCUGAUGUUGUUUGUGUGUUGAUGAGUUUGGGUGAAUGCAGUGAAAAACAUCAUCUACCAUACCAACCACUGCCUCUCAUUAUAAAGAAGUUGUUGAUGAGCAGUCAGGAGUCUCUACAGGUGGUGUCUAUUCAUUGUGUGUGUGCAGUAUUGAUUCACUCUCCAGCUCGCUUCAGUUCCUCCUUCAUUCAUGCAGAUUUACCCGAGUUUCUGUUUGAAUGUGUGUGUAGCAGCAGUGAGAUGAUGUUGUGGUGGAUCUUUAAGUGUCUACUGUUGAUGUCUGAAGAUCCUCAGUUCUUCUCACAGUGUCACUCUGUGUACGGCAUUGAGUCAUUAGUGCGCUGUCUGAAUGAGACUCUGGGAAAAUCCAAUACUGAGGUUCAGAAACAAGGACUUGAGCUACUGACAGCCAUCUUAGACAGGCAGCCUGCAGGUGUGUGUCUAUUCCCAACAGGAUGUGAGUUUUCUGCAGUUGUUGAUGUCAUCAUUAAGGGCGUGGCCUCCUCCUGUCUGCAGGUGUCUAUGCUUGCGGUACGAGCCGCUGCUUUGCUCCUCAGACCUCAUCAUCAGUCCAGUCCGGUUCAGUUCUCAGACAUCAUGAGAAUAAUGUCAGCUGUGAUGUGUAAAUGUUCUGAUCAUCAGUCAGUGAAAGCAGGAGGAUUUUUACUGCAGACUCUCACAUGCAUUGAUGCAGCCUGCAGGUUGGCUGAAGUGUAUCUGUGUGAGUGUAGUCUGAAUGAUAGUGUGUGUUCAUCUUCACAACAGCCGGUCACACUGGAGACUCUGUGUGUGUAUCUGCUACACUGCUGUGAUACAACCUGCAUCCCUAUUGUUACUAGAGUGUGUGAGCGUCUCUCCUCUCCACAGCUUCUGCAGGUCUUGCUGUCGAUUUUGUCUCAUCAGUUUUCUUUAUGUCCUGCUCACAUGGCGUCUUUCUCCAGGAAACUCGCUUCAUCUGGUUUCAUCAGACUGACUCUACAGAUCAAAGCUCAACAGUGUUCAGAAAACAGAAAUUCUUCCCUGAACUUGGUCUGCUGUGAUUUCCUGUUGAAACUUUGCACGCAUUUAUUUUCCCAGAUAUACACUGAGACCAGUCAACUUCAAGCUCAUGUGGAGUGUAUACUGGAGGAGUGUUUGGUGUCUCUGUUCUGCUCUGCGUCUGAUUGGUGCUCUCUGCUGGUGGAUUCAUCCGAGUCGAUCAUAAACACACAGUAUUGUCUCAUCUAUCUUCUGCAUGUGUCCCUGCUGCAUGGAGACAGGCUGAUGUGUGACUCUUCAGUCUUCUCCAGUGUGCUUCAGUUCAUCUGUGUUCAGGAUCUCAAUGAUGUUUCUUUGCCUCCACCUGUGCAGUCGUCUGUUAUCUACCUGCUGUCUGUCACUCAACACAGCUGCACUCAUCUGGACACAGUUGCUGUGAAGAGCAUCAGUAAAGCUCUGUCCUGCUCUCCUCUGCUCUUCUCUCUCUCCUCUUUUCAUCCCUCUAUCCUGAAGUUUAUCUUCUGUUAUCCGGAGCUGUCGGAGCGUUUCGGAGUGACGGCUCUGACUGAACGUCUCUGUUGUGGAUCAGAUGAGGAACAGAUGCAGUCAGAUCUUCUGCAGCUUCUUCAUGAACAUCCAGACGCUCUCAUCUCUAUGCUGGUUGUGGUUUGUGAAGCUGACGCUCCCGCAGCACACCGAGCUGAACGUGUGUUAAAGUGUUUCAUGUCAUCAGAUGACAUCAGCAGUAGUUGUGAUCUCUGUCAUCAGAUAAAAUCAACUUUACUGAAUCUCCUGCAGAAACUCACACACACAGAUUUCCGAGUGUCUGUGUUAGUGGAUGUGCUGACUGUGCUUCAGAGUAAAACAUCUGCUCAAAGUGAAAUGAAUCACACAGACUUCAAACUGCUUUAUCAUGUCAGUAAUCUGGUUGCAAAGAUGAACUCCAAUGAGCUGCUGCUGUCUGUGUUGAACUGUCUGUACUGUUUCUUGAGUCUGUGUCCAUCACACUGCACUGACCGAGUUGUGUCUCUGCUGCUGGGUAACAUCAGACUGAUGGAGGUGUUGGAGAAUUUUCUCUCUCCCUCUUCAUCAUCAUCUUCAUCAUCCCUACAGUGCUCUUCACUUCUUCUAAUCGCCACCCUUAUCUCCCUACAACACAGACAGUCUGUGCAGAUUCACAGGAACAUCACAAUAGAUCUUCAUGAGAUAGUGAGACGACUGGCCUUCAGCAAGAGACACACAGACAGCCUGCUGUUGAUGUGUAGUAUGAGAUUGUUGCAGGUGUGGUUGGAUGUAGACGAGUGUUCACUGGUGUGUGUCUCUCAGACUGCAGCGCUGCAUCGCUCUCUUCAGUCAGUAGAUGGCGCUCUACAUCCACUCGUAUACAGUGAAGCACAGACACUCAUGACAGCACUGUGUGGACUCACACUGCAGAAACAGGAUAUGAUGAUAAGCACCGCUGUGAACUGUUUGAGGUCUUUGAUUGGUUUUCUGAACAGAAGAAACACUGCCAUAGUCCAGCGGAUGCUCUCUCAGCCCUGGAUGCAUUUCCUGCUCUUCUCUCUCCUGUCCUGUAGAGGAAGUCUUGUACUACACCCUGCUAUACUCACCCUCAUCACACAGCUGGUGUGUUUUGGUGGAGGGAUCUCUGAGUGGAAGACUGAAGUUGAGUUGUUGUGUGAGGAGGUGGAGAGACAUGGAGUAACACAAAUCACACACAACACACUGAGACUGCUGCUUACACAAUGUUGUGCUCUUUCUCCUCCUGAAGGUCUGAGGAUGAGGAUGGAGACUUUACUGGAGUCACUUCCACAUCAUGAGAUCUCUGACAGUCCACAUCAACACAUGCUUCAGAUUGAUGGUGUCUCUGUGCUUCUGUCUGAUCUCACAGUUAACACUCAGAUCAUCUGAAUCAGACAAACACAUCUCACUCCUCUCAUGUUUUAUGUAUUCUGUCAUUAUAUGAUUUGUUGAUAUUAUACAGCGUUAUAUUGAUUAUUUAUAAUAAUAUGUUUACAUUAUAUUGAAAUGAUUUGUUGACAUUAUAACAGAUUGUUUAUAGAUCAUUUAAUAUUAUAUUGUUGUUGUAUAGAUGUGAUGUUCAGUUGUUAUGUUUAUUGGAUUAAAGCAAAAUGAAUAAAUUGUCGUGACAUCUGCGCA